AUGCCAGGAGCCGAGCAUCUGAUACGCCAUCUGCACGCGCACGGCGUUCCCACAGCUGGGACCUCCAGCUGCAUGCCGCUCGCUUUUGGCCUGAAGAUGACGCACCACCGCGAUGUCUUGUCGCUGUUCAACCAUGUGCUUAUAUCGGGUGGGGAUCCAGACGUCAAGCAUGGCAGACCACACCCUGACAUCUUCCUCAUCGCAGCGUCCAAGUUCCAUGACCAUCCAGCACCCGAAACGGUCCUGGUGUUCGAGGACACACCCGCUGGCGUCAAGGCGGCCCUGGACGCUGGCAUGCAAGUUGUGAUGGUUCCGGACCCUCGAAUGGAUCAAGCCGACCGGAGUAGGGCGACCCUGUGCAUCGAUUCGCUGCUGGAGUUCAAGCCAGAGCAGUUUGGACUGCCGUCCUUCCCGGUAGCCCCUAAGAGAAGUCCGAGCCGUUCGGAAAGCGUCACUGGCAUGAAGGCAACAGCAACCGCGUCCACGUUCGAGCCAGUGUCUCAUGUCAUUUUCGACUUGGAUGGCCUUCUUUUAGGCGCCGAAAGGCUGGUGCGCCACCUACACGCGCAUGCCGUUCCCAUGGCCAUUGCAACCAGUUCCACGCCGGAAGCGUUCGACCUGAAGAUGACACGACACCGCGAUCUGCUGCCUUUAUUCCAUCACGUGGUCUGCGGGGGUGGGAACCCCGAAGUGAAGAGGGGCAAACCACAUCCAGAUAUAUUCCUCGCCGCCGCUUCUAAGUUCGACGGGAAGCCGCCAUCGGAGAAGGUACUCGUGUUCGAGGACUCGGUGAAGGGCGUCACAGCUGCCCUGGCUGCUGGCAUGCAGGUCGUCAUGGUUCCCGAUCCUCGUAUCGACGAAGAGAACCAGCGUCGGGCCACGACUUGCCUCACUUCGCUGCUGGAUUUCAAGCCGAUCUUUGGUCUUCCAGCUUUUGACACCCCUGCACAGGACCGAAAGAAAU